AUGGCCUCUCAUAAUGUUAUGAAUCUGGCGCGUGAUGUAAAAUCCGCCGCAGUCAGGGAUCGCGAGAAGGCUGUGGAUGAGUUGUCGCAUCUUCUUAACCCGCGAAACCGAUCUACAAAUCUUUCCGAUCUUGGCGACAAGAGUUACCAUGAGAUAUUUGAAGCAAUCUUCAGUUUCGUGCUUCGAGAGAAGCCCGUACUUUAUGACAAGAAAAAGUCCCAAUCGUCAUUGAAUUCUACAACAAGUCGUUUAUCAAAAUGCGCCGAGGCUGUACGCAUGGCUGUAGGACGCGGCAAAUCAACGAUCGGACGAAAGACACUACUGGCGAUCGUGGAUCACAUCACUCAAGUUCUCCCUGGACCUAACAGCGAUGAUUUCGUGCCUCCUUUACUCCAGGACUACAUCAAAGCCUUGACCGAGGUGCUUUCAAGGCCUGCGCACGUGGAAAUACUAGCCAGGAAAGGUGGCCAGUACUGGGAAAUUUGUGUUGGCUUCUUUCUCGACGUUGCCCAGUAUCUUCUUCCCGAUGAAGCAGAUAUCUCAACUUUGUCAUUGGCUCGGGCAUCGCCAGCUCUGGCUCGAUCAUCACCAGCACCGGGGUCAGGAUACAGUCGAUCUAUUGGGCGAUCCACACCUUCAACUCAAAGCCAAAGAAGAGCUACACCUGGAGAGGGUGGUCUUCUCAAAGAUGUCUUGGAAGGACUGCACUAUCUUGUCAUAGGCGGCAACGCGCCGAUACUCCGGCUAUACAAAGAUAUUACGCCAGUAGUACUCAGGGUCUUGAGUCUGAAGCAGUUGAGUCUCGGCUCUUUACAGACUUUGGCGUUCGCCAUUAUUAAUGCAGUCUUCACUACUACAAAUGCUGAUGACUUGGCGCAUGCCAACUCUGUUGUGCAAAGCAUAUUGCCGCUCAUGAGCUACUGGUGGAGAUCUGAGAAGGUCUCUCAAGACGAAGUCAUCAGAGCGCUCAGGAUCGAGAUCUCUAGGAGCAUUUUCUUGAUGCACCUUCACAUUGAAAAUUUAUUCGUGAAAUCCUCGGACGAAAACGUUGGCUUGGACCUCGAGGAUCUGGCUGAGAAUAUCUGGUCUGAAUACUCAAGGCGUGGUGAGGCUGUCCGUUUACAAAUGAGCGACAUCACUUUUGCUUUGUCCUCUUUGCCGACAUACGGGCUGCAGCUGAAUAUGUUCGGCCUCCACGCUCACAACGUUUAUGGAGAAGGACAUUGGGCUAUCAUUCAAAACCUGGCGUUUCUGGAAGGCAUCAUGGCGUUGCCUCACUCUAGAACCCCGACAGACGAUGUGGAACAACGUGAGCAGCCAAGGAAAAGGCGGAGAAUCCAUAUGAGUCGCAUCCGGCUUAAGCUCAAGGCUGCCGAAGUAGCAGUUCGGGGAACUGCUUUACAGAUGAUUCCGUUCCUCUUGGCUGACAACUCGCUGAGUCGUGACGAACUCGUUGACUUACUACCUGAAUUAGUAUCGUUGGCAGCUGACAAGAACCCUGUCACGGCUUCUUGGGCCCUCGUAGCCUCUGCGAGUUGUAUAAGUAAAUCGAAAGUCUGCCACGAUCAAGUAGAUGUCUGGCGCCAAUUGUGGCAUCUUGCUACACGUUCCGUCAGCCUGCCAGGAACAAGUCGAGCGGCCAGCGUGCUCCUACAUGCGAUACUUGAAGCCGACGUUCUACCUUAUCACACAAUCUCCGCAGACAUCAAUAACAUUGUCACGACUGCAGAUGUCAACGGGCCUAGUGUUCUGUGUGACACUUCUAUUAGCCUGAUGCUUCAUGUCCUUCAAUUACGAAACGCCCGAAUCCCCAGCGCAAGUCAAAGUACCUGUCACCACAUCAUCCGAUGGGUGUUUUUUCGUUGGAAUCCAAGUGAGUAUGGGUUAUCUUACGGAGGUUCUCAUGUUAACGAGUUUACAGACGAAUCUACGUUUGCAUCCUACCACUCUAUGCAUGCUCAACCGGUUCAGCUAGUGAAUUUGAUUCUGGCCUGUUGUGGGAUGGCGCCUCUGGAAUUAAACUCCCAUCCAGCGGCUCCUGGAGGCCCAUUGACUGAGACAUGGAGCUCAUUUAAGCAAACUGAGGCGUUUACUCGAUACGUUCUCCUUGCAAAAGAUGAAUCUCGUGAUGCUGAUCCCACUGGCUGCUGCUACCUCUCAGGGCUAUCUGAUCCCGCUUCGUUGGCCGAUGCCAAUGCGCGCUAUGCUUCUCAGAAGCUAACACUCGAGCUGUUCUACCCCAAGCUGAGUGAUCUAUCCGAGCUCUGCACAUCAUGGACUAAGAAGACGAAUGAAGGCGGUACACAAAUAACGUUUGAUCGCUUUCAAAGUCUUUUAUCAGCCUGCUUGACCGGAACUCUGCUACUUCCCAUACUUAACGAUCUAAACUCGACUCAAUCUUCGUCAGUUGAAUCCACUCUGAAGGAGAUUCUCGACAAAGCGCUGAACUCUGCUUUUACGUCAAUGGAGUCUACAGCCUUUGUUGAUUCAAUCCUACGAGUCGUUCGAGCUGUGAUGCCCGACUUGACAACGUCGAGUCUAAAUCGAAUGCACGCAAACAACCCAAACCUGUUUCAGUUGUUCGGUAGAAUAUGGAAGUCUAUUGGCCAGCAAAACGAUCAGACAAAUCCCGACAGCAGCAUCGACUUAAUGGAUAUUGAUGGGGAUUUCGACUCCCAAAGCAGUCGGGCAAGCUCAGUGCAUGCGCCAGUAGCAACCCCACGCUUCAAUAUUCAAAUGAAGCUGGACAUGCAGGCUUUCUACACUGAGGCAAGGGCCCGACUUCGGUUUCUUUCCAUAUUGGAUGAUGAUACCGGACAGAUUGGCCUUGUCCCCAAUACCUACGUAGAGCAUUUUAUCGAGAUGCCCGACGAAGACCUCUUGAUGUGCCAAAGCUUGCUGCUUGAAUUAUUUGGCUCUGAUCUUGUUAUUACGCCAGAAAACGCUCUGUCAAUUGUUGAAAGGCUUGGACGCUACGUGUCUAAGACUGAAUAUCAAUGUGCCGAAGUUGCUUUGAGCAUCUGUAUCGGGGUAAUCGAUGGAUUGCAUCCUAUCUGGCUGAACGACAAAUGCCAUCUCUCCGAAAGAGUUGGCGACCUUUACUAUCACUUUAUCAAGGUCUGUUUGACUUCGAACAUAUUUUCACCCGGUGCCCAAAUGUCAAUGGUCCAGCUACUGUUCACUUUAUUACGAACCAACACGGAAUAUGGCAAAGACCAGGGCCUUGAUUCCCCACGAACUUGUCUUCUCUACAUACUGAAAAAUGGACCAAUGACGGUGAAAUACACCAUCUCGCAAAAGAUUGCCGACAUCUUUGGCUUGUUUGUCCUCAAACUUCAUGACGAAGUGUUUGUGGAUGUUCUAGAUAGCUUGCCUACUGAUCCCUUGGACACUACUGGCAUUGCCUUUCGUCUACUGGUAUUGUCGAACCUUGCCUGCAGAUGGUCGACUUUGCUUCGGAGGUGUACUUAUCAUAUCUUCGAAACACCAGGGAAGAUUCCGGGUUCAAUGGAUUAUGCGACUCGGUGUUUGGUAAACGUGUCGAGAACGCUGAACCUGCGGUCGCCAAAGGCUUUGUUCCGGCUGUUCUCUCGGCAACUUCUAUACACUUGGCUUGAAUGUGACCUCAUAGAAGAUAUUCCAUUUUCUAUAUUUGGCUUCAAGACGCUUGGAGACCUUCUCAAAUCUGCACAGUCCGAAGCCAUCGGGCUGACUGUGAUGCGUGGUCAGGAUCAGACAUUUGCAGAGGUUUGCCGUCUCCUGGGGAGUUCUGAAAGCGACCUUGUCCGUGAGAAUUUUACUACUGCAGUUGCUUAUAGCAUGAUCUUUGGUGACUCGAAUGGAGGCAAUGACAAGGAGCGUGGCGAGGCACAUGUCAAAAAGUUGCUUGGACGCACGGCUUAUAUGGAGUUAAUUCACAUCAAUUUCAUUGACAUCGCGGCACUGUUCUUCGACCUCAUCGAUCAAGAGAACUCUUUUGAAAAGGUCUUCACCAGGUUCAAACUCGACUACGCUGGUCAGAUCCUGAGCGCUGUGAAGACCAUUUCUCACUCUCCCGCCGAGUUACCAGCUAACCAACAGCCAAUGUUCAAAGCCAAGUACCUGAUCCACGAACUUCACAGACUCUGUCAAAAUACAGAGUUCCAAUUCCAUGAUUUGUGGACGCCUCCUGUGGUUGUUUCAAUAGCUCGCAAGCUUCUCAAUACUGUUCAUCCGGCUUUAGGGCCUCUGCAUGCCUGUUCUGUUCUUCGAAAAGUACGGGUUCUGAUUUCUCUUGGUGGCUCAGUUGCCUUAGAAUCCUACCCCCUGGAAAUGCUCCUGAAUUCUACCCGCACAUUCAUCACCGACUCCGAAUGUGCAGACGAUGCGCUGGGAAUUAGCCAGUAUCUUCUGGCUGAAGGGGCCCGACACCUUAGCAAUGUCCCAUCAUUUCUUGCCGGGUAUGCCUUGUCAACCUUGGCAUCACUCCGAGUCUUCUUGGAGUCGAGCCAGUCGAGCACAACUCAGGAAAGUCAGUUCAAAGCGACAAUGAGUAAAGCAGAAAAGUUUCAUGCAUGGAUCAGCAAAUAUCUUGAAGAGUAUGAAUCGCCCAUGUUUAAGAAUCUUGAGCAAAGGAGUGCUUUCAAAUCUAUCACUCAAUCCGCCGCUCGCAUUCGAUCUUCUGGGAACGCUGAACGAGGCACUGCAGAGAGCAAACUGCUUCUGGAUAUUCUAGCCGAUGAAGGCGCAGAUCAUCAGCUACUGAACGAACCUUCGCGACAACUCGCACUCGGCCUUCUUUGCGGCGAUUUCAGCAUCCCUGAGAAGGUAAAGGAUGACAUUGUUGAGUCUGAUGAGGAUGCUCUGAAGUACUCGACAGCUGUGUGGAAGAGUUGUGAUACCGGAAACCUCAGCGAGGAAUAUCUCUCAUGGGCAGGCCGGGUCGUUGGCCGGGCCUUCUCGGCGUCCGGGGAGAUCCCAACUGGCGUGCUACGUGAAUCCUAUCUUAGCCAAUACCAGAAAAUGGCACCAGGAUCGAAUGGCUCAGAGACUGGAAUACUUUAUCUUCUACAGGACCUCACCUCAAAUCCUGAUUCUAUCACUGCAGGUCUGGCUGAAGCUGCCCUGAGAUCCAUCGUCUCGGAUGCCAACAAUCUAGACGAUGAGUCACUGGGUGUGGCCUGCCAAAAAAGUCUGACGGAGUCUCUCUUGGUCACAUCUCAAUGGGGCGCACAUAGAUCGCCUCCAUCAGAUAAGGGUCUUAUAACACCUACAUCAUCCCCGAAUCAACCGGAUGUCUGGUCUACAGAUAUUACGUCGAAGGACUGGCUUCUGAACCUAAGUGCGCAUCUCGCUCGGUGUAUUCCAGAGUCGAUCAUUCUCUCAGUUCUUGCUCCUAUUCUCGCUAGGGUUGAGCACUUUGCAGAGAGAGCUUUCCCCUUUGUUGUUCAUCUCGCACUUUACUUCCCAAUGAAUCAACAACAUUCCCCCAAGCGCCCACUAUCUGUGGCAGUCAAAAGCUGGCUCCAAUGCACAGAUGCAGCAGCCAAGGAAAACCAGAAGCUACUUAUCAAUAUGCUAUUAUACCUGAGGACGCAGCAAUAUCCGAAGGAGUCAUCGAUAGCUGACAGAUCGCAUUGGCUAGAAGUUGACUCCGCUUUGGUCGCUUCAGUAGCGUCGCGCUGUGGCAUGUACAAGACGUCUCUGCUAUUUGUAGAAUACGUCCCUCCAGAAACUACACGUUCUUCACGAACGUCUUCUGCAGCAGUAAAAGAGGUCGACAUGAGCGAAACUCUUCUUGCGAUCUUUGAGAACAUUGAUGACCCAGAUGCAUACUACGGACUGCCAGAAGAGCCUAGUCUGUCAAAGAUUCUUGCUCGCGUGGAGUACGAGAACGAUGGCCCUAUGAGUCUUGCAUUCCGAGGUGCUGAGUAUGACAGUAAUGUUCACCUUGGAAAUCCUGUGGCUCAGUCGGAUGGACAAGCUUUAGUCAGAGCUUUUAGUACGCUUGGCUUGUCGGGUCCUUCAAACUGGUUCCUCCAAACACAAAACAACAUGGAAACAUCUCCGGCUGUCCUUGAAGAUACUUUCAACACAGCCAGAAAGCUUGGGAUUUGGAACCUGCCUGCACCUCCGAGUGACCACCAUGCGGUCACGCUGUUUAAAGCGUACCAGAGCAUUAGUCAAGCGACAGAUAUCGCCAAUGUCAGGGCUGCUGUACAUGAUGGUUUUAGCCGCACAAUGCGUAGCUUGGCAGUCCACAGCCUCAACGCCACGGCCCUGAGGAAACGUUUGGGGGCUCUAGCUUCGUUGACGGAGCUUGACGAUGUUCUCGGUGUUUGCGAUAGUUCCGAAAUGGAUACCCUUCUUGAAAAGUUCAAGAAUCGAAGUGACUGGAUGAGGAGCGGAUUAUACGAGAGUGUCGGUCAGAUCUUGUCUUGUCGUAGCACCACGAUGAGUAUGGUCAGCCAACAAGAUAGCUUACGAAUAAAUAUUGAACUUUCCGCAGCUACGGCAAGGCAGAUGGAGGUCGAGUCAAUGAUCACCGCUUCUCAGAUAUAUCGCUAUCACCAAGCGACGCAGGAGAGCCUCAAGAUCUCCACUAUACUCACCAAGCUCAUACCAUCGUGUACAGCACUAGACCUACAUGUGGAUGCAGCUGUCACCGUUGAGGCUGCUAACUCUGCCUGGGACUAUGGGCAGAUGAGUACGUCCAUUCGUAUGCUGCAGGAUAUCGACAAAGAUUCUGUGCUUGAGAGGCAAACUCUCCCAGUCAGUCGAUCUGAUUUGCUUUCCAAGAUUGGUUACCAGGUAUCCGUUGCACGCCUCGAAAAACCACAUGAUAUCCAAAAGAAUUAUCUAGAGCCUGCGCUGAAAGAGCUCAAAGGCAAGGGUCAAGGUCGCCAAGCUGGCUCUGUAUUCCAUCAGUUUGCCAUGUUCUGCGAUCAACAGUUGCAAGAUCCCGAUGGAUUGGAGGACUUAGCAAGGCUCCAGAACCUAAAGAAAGCAAAGAGUGAUGAAGUAUCGGAACUGAAAACCCUUAUUAGUGGCACCAGGGACACUCAACUUAAGACCAGGUACUCACAUGUUCUGAACAAAGAGAAGCAAUGGCUCAAUCUUGAUGAGCAGGAGUUGCGACGAGUUGAACAGACGCGCAGUGAGUUUGUUCGCCUGAGUCUCGAGAACUAUCUUUUAUCUCUCAUUGCAUCCGAUGAACACAAUAACGAUGCUCUCCGAUUCACAGCUCUUUGGCUAGAACGAUCGGAAGAGGAAAGCACAAACCAGGCAGUCAUGCGACAUCUAUCGGAAGUCCCAACCAGAAAAUUCGCUGGCCUCACCAACCAACUGACAUCACGACUCCAAGACCACAACAACUCAUUCCAGAAACUGCUGUUGGAGCUAGUCUACAACAUCUGCGUGGACCAUCCCUACCAUGGCAUGUAUCAAAUAUGGUCUGGAACAAAGGCAAAGGCACAACAAAAAGAUGAUGUCGCUGUCUUACGCGUCAGGGCAACAGAACGUGUUGCCAAACGCUUAGCUGAGACGCAAUCCGUGGCCAACAUUUGGCUGUCGAUCGACAAGACAAGCAAAUAUUACCAUGCUCUCGCCAUGGAUCGAAACCCAAACAAGUACAAGUCAGGUGCAAAGAUCCCGCUGAGAGAUUCCACACCCGGCCACAAUCUCGUCAACUGUCUAGCCAAAUAUCGUAUCCCUUCUCCAACUAUGCAAAUCGAACUCUCGGCAACAAAAGACUACUCCAAGGUGCCUAUCAUAUCCAAGCUAGAACCCACCAUGACCAUCGCUUCGGGUGUCAGCGCACCUAAAAUCAUCACAGCUAUUGGAAGUGAUGGAGUCCGCUACAAGCAACUUGUAAAAGGAGGGCAUGACGAUUUACGACAGGACGCCAUCAUGGAACAGGUCUUUUCGGCCGUGUCAUCUCUUCUCAAGCUUCACAGGACAACGCAGCAACGCAACCUCAGUAUCAGAACCUACAAGGUGCUUCCACUCACAGCAUCUUCCGGAUUGAUUGAAUUUGUGCCCAAUACAAUUCCACUUCACGAGUUCUUGAUGCCUGCUCAUGAAAGAUACUAUCCAAAAGACCUAAAGGGCUCUCAUUGUCGUAAGGAGAUAUUUGGGGUCCAGGGUAGAGCGGUGGCGACACGAAUCAGUACCUACCGCAGAGUCACUGAGAAGUUCCAUCCAGUCAUGAGAUACUUCUUUAUGGAGAAUUUCACGGACCCGGAUGAAUGGUUCCUCAAGAGGCUGGCAUACACAAGAAGCACCGCAGCCAUAUCGAUGUUGGGACACGUCCUCGGCCUGGGCGAUCGGCAUGGGCACAAUAUCCUUUUGGACCACAAAACUGGAGAGGUGGUUCACAUUGAUCUGGGUGUCGCGUUUGAAGCAGGCCGCAUUCUACCAGUGCCUGAAAUGGUUCCGUUCCGGUUGACGAGGGACAUUGUGGAUGGAAUGGGAAUUACAAAAACAGAGGGAGUCUUUCGCCGAUGCUGCGAGUUCACUUUGGACGCUCUCAGAGAAGAGCAGUAUUCCAUCAUGACAAUUUUGGAUGUAUUACGUUUCGAUCCGUUAUACACAUGGUCGAUCUCGCCACUCAGAUUGGCCAAGCUUCAAAAGGCAAGACACAACGAUGAUAGUCUCAUGGACGACGAACAAAGUGAAGCCGAGACGAAAAAGGACAAGAAGGCUACAGGGCAUGUCAAUGAGCCUUCUGAAGCUGACCGUGCUUUGGAGAUUGUGAGGAAGAAGCUUUCUAAGACAUUGAGUGUAACUGCAACAGUCAAUGAUCUGAUAAAUCAAGCGACCGAUGAACGCAACUUGGCAGUUUUAUAUUCUGGAUGGGCAGCAUACGCAUGA